AUGAGACAUGAAGUUGCUGUGAGGGCCACAGUCACUGAUGCCGGUAUAAAGAUUAAGUCUCAGACCAGAGGGUUUUGCUGUCCUGAAGUGGUUCAUAAACCACAGGGGUUAUCCUCCAUUCUCGGUGGGUGUUUCUUAUCUUGCUGUGCACCGUUGGGAGUCAAUGACGCAGAACUCUCUUUAGACCCGGACAAUUCCACCUUCUCCAUGGAUGAGGACAUCGCUGAAGCACCGACAGUUUCCGAUACUAUUCCCUUUGGCAGGAUUCUGGGUGCCCGCUACAGGGAUUCAAGCGCUAAUUCACAGACUCACGAAACUGAGGGGUUGCUGCACGGUAUAGGGCAUCAACGGUACAUUGACUUGACUUACGCAUGCAUGAAGGACCACCAUGUGGUUCCUUGCACAGUGCCGUUACAGAUUGAUUAUGUACCAAUGGCUCAUGAGAACCCAGACUUGGUGGAAUUGAUAAUAGAGAAAAGUUAUCAAAAUGUCAAGAGAAAUAGAUCAAUUCUUGUCAUAAUUAAUCCACACGGUGGUAAAGGCAAAGCAAUGCAUAUAUUCAAAAAGAGAAUUGAACCAAUAUUGAUCGCUAGUGAAUGCUCCUUUGAAUUAAUGGAGACUAAGUACUCCAGGCAUGCAACUGAUAUUGCACGAGAGAUAGACCUAGAGGAAUUCGACACUAUUGCUUGCGCUUCAGGGGAUGGUGUACCAUAUGAAGUUAUUAACGGAUUAUACAUGAGAGAAGAUAAAGUGGAUGCUUUUAAUAAAAUUACAGUAACACAAUUGCCUUGUGGAUCAGGUAACGCCAUGAGUAUAUCUUGUCAUUGGACAGACAACCCAUCGUUUGCCGCGCUAUGCCUUGUGAAGUCUGUCGAGUCCAGGAUUGAUUUAAUGCUAUGUACUCAACCUGACUCCGAAGAUCCUGAACCUAAAUUGUCGUUUCUAAGCCAAACAUAUGGUGUGAUCGCUGAAUCUGAUAUUAAUACUGAGUUUAUAAGAUGGAUGGGCCCUCUAAGGUUUGACAUUGGCGUGGCAUUUAACGUUCUACAGAAGAAAUGCUAUCCAUGCGAUAUCUAUGUAAAAUAUGCGGCUCAAUCCAAAAGAGAACUGUCUGUACAUUACACCAAAAAUAAAACCACACAAUAUUUGGAGUUCGAAAAUCUCAUUACAGAAACGGAUACUGAGAGCUCCGAUUCUGGUAUACCGGUGGAGAAUAUUACAGAAGAAAAUCUCAGGAUCAAGUAUCCUGUUGAAGAUGGCAUCCCUAAUGAUUGGGUCAAACUUGAUGACGAAAUAGGUAAUAAUUUGUCAGUUUUUUACACUGGAAAGAUGCCUUACGUAGCUGCAAACACAAAGUUCUUCCCCGCCGCACUACCAGCGGAUGGUACAUUCGAUAUGAUCAUAAUGAAAGCCAACUUACCUGUUGCUAAAUCCUUUCCUAUAUUGUUGUCGAUUGAUAAAGGAGAGCAUGUUCUCGAUUCAGAAGUUAUUCACAGUAAAGUUUUGGCCUAUAAGAUUAUUCCAAAGAUAGAAAACAGUCUAAUCUCAAUAGAUGGUGAGAGAUUCCCUUGUAAACCACUACAGGUUGAAGUAUUACCAAAGCUGUGUAAAACAUUACUGAGGAAUGGUAAAUAUAUUGAUACUGACUUCGAUAUGCUAUGUGCUGAUACGAAACUACCAUAA